AUGAGUCGUCUUUACGAUGAAAAUCAAGAUUUCAUAAUGGAUGGACAGUAUAAUGGCGACUACGCAAUGUGUUCUGUGGAUAGGCACAUGGAAGCACAGAAUGGUUUCAUUAAACGUCAACCAGUGACCUACGGUCAAAUAAGCACGGGUUAUGCAUCGAUAUUUUUAUCUGUGUACAUAGAAGAUGAGCUCUCAAUGCGCCAUAUUUCAUGGAUUCAAAAGAUAUCCUUGAUAGCUCUGACGGAUGCAAUGGCUGCCACACUAUUCAUUGCCGCAUUAAAAACAGUACAUCUCCAUCCUGCUAUCACUAUCGCUCAUUUAUUUUCUUUAACGACAUCAUGGUUGCAGUGUGUAUUUGUGAUAAUCAUUCAACUGAUAGCAGCUAUAACUGCAAAUUUGACCAUAACCUUAAUGCGUAUGGAUGGACUUCCACCUUAUGUCGUUGUCAACACCGAUAUCAAUAUGGAAUGGACAAAAGCCAUCUAUAAACUUUACUACGAUAAGUCGAUACCAGACGAAGAAACACUGUUAAAUGUUGUUGAUUUUCAUCGAUCACGUACAUUAGGAAAUUUCGACCACAAACAUGUGAACGACUCAGCAAUGUAUGCUGCAAACCGAUUUGAAGGAGAUAUAGUUUCAGUGAAUAUUGGUCUGAAUUCUCAUUCUGUAAACUCUUUCUUCACUCAACAACCAUUAUUUGCUGUGUUUGGUGUACAAAGGAAUGCUGUGAAGCAAACUCGCUCAAAGAUUGCUGAAGCCAUAGAGGAGUACAGAAAAAAGACGUGUAUAGAUUUCUCACCAAAAAGUGCAGCUGAUCAAGACUAUAUUCAUAUUGUACCGGAUGAUGGAUGUUAUUCACUAGUGGGACGAAUCGGAGGAAAACAACCGGUGAGCUUAGGUGAUGGUUGCAUACAAAAAGGCAUCAUUAUUCACGAACUAAUGCACGUUGUUGGAUUCUUCCACGAACAAAGUAGAGCCGAUCGGGACGACCAUAUCAUAAUCAAUUGGAGCAAUGUUGAAUCUGGUCUUCAAGAUCAGUUCGACAAAUAUUCGUUACAAAUGAUCGAUCAUCUAAAUACUGUGUAUGACUACGGAUCAGUAAUGCACUAUGCAUCCACAGCAUUUAGUAAGAACGGUAAACCCACCAUAGAACCUCGGAAGAAAGGAGCCGAAAUAGGUCAACGCACGGGAUUCAGUGAUAUCGACUUGUAUAAAAUUAAUAAGCUGUACAAUUGUCCACAGGCAGAAACUACUUCAAGUCCGUUACCGGAAACAAAAACGGAUAUGAAAUCUGAGGCGAGGGCAUCUGUUAAAACCGACAAGAAAGGUCCGACUGGAUCAGGAUCGGUUGCUGGAUCGGCUUCUACAUCAGAGAAAAGCAGUCUCAUUUCUGUGCUAACUAAGGUUGCAUGCACAGAUAAGCGUCCCGACUGUGAAUUUUUGGCCAGAGCAGGUCAUUGCGAAUCAAAAUUCAGUGAAACGUUUAUGAAGGAUAAUUGCCCUCAAAGUUGUGGGAAAUGUGAGAUCACCACCACCACCGCCACGACAGUAAUGGAACAAUGUGAAGACGCUAGAUCCUGGUGCGAGCGAUGGGCAAAUAGUGGAAUGUGCACACAACAAAUAUUUAGAGAUUAUAUGAGAAUCAAAUGCGCAAAGAGUUGUCAACUUUGUUAA